UCCUUUAAGAAUGGCCUUGUUUAUGUUUCAACCUUUCCCUUCUUGAACAGGUACAACAUAGUGAUCUUCGGUGGAGUGGAUGGAUACUCAAGGAAGAUAAUGUAUAUGGAUGCCGCCACAAAUAACAAGGCCUCAACAGCGUUUUCAUUCUUUUUUGGAGCCACCCAGCUUCAUGGCCUACCAUCUAGGGUAAGGGCAGAUCAGGGAGUUGAGAACGUGGACAUCGCACAAUUCAUGUUUGCAACACGAGGAGUGGGAAGAAGGAGUUUCAUCUCAGGAAAGAGUGUCCAUAAUCAGAGGGUGGAGAGACUGUGGCGGGAUGUCUGGGUUGCAGUCACUAGCAAGUACCAUGAUGUUCUUCACUCAAUGGAGGAAGAUGGCUUGCUAGACAUCUCUGAUGACAUUCACCUGUUUGGUGUGCACUACAUCUUUGUCCCUCGGCUCCGAGCAGACCUCAACACCUUCACUGAAGGAUGGAAUAAUCAUCCUUUGCGGACAGAGGGAUGUCUUAGUCCUGAACAGCUGUGGUGUAUGGGACAUUUUCACAAUUUUGACGAAGGGGAGAGACUUGAGAACAUUCAACAACCAGGCAUCAACUGGGAAAAUUUUACUGAAAAUUUUAUUCUGGAGGAGGAUCGCAACGGCACCAUUGUGGUUCCUGAAAUUAUGUGUCCGUUGAAUGACAAUGCUCUGGAGGAGCUUUGGAGAACAGUUAAUCCAUUACAACAAUGUCAAUCAAAUGGUCGUGCCUUGUACAUACAAUUCUUGAACUUUGUGUCAAACCAACACUAACAGUCCACACACACAAUUCUUGAACUUUGUGUCAAACCAACACUCACUCACAAUUCUUGAACUUCGUGUCAAACCAUCACUCACUCACUCCACUCACCUCACUCAAUCCACUCACCUCACUCACCUCACUCAGUCCACUCACCUCACUCAGUCCACUCACCUCACUCAGUCCACUCACCUCACUCAGUCCACUCA